CCUCCAUAUCAUGUGAUUCAGGUGUUCCAAUCCCCUCCAUAUCAUGUGAUUCAGGUGUUCCAAUCCCCUCCAUAUCAUGUGAUUCAGGUGUUCCAAUCCCCUCCAUAUCAUGUGAUUCAGGUGCUCCAAUCCCCUCCAUAUCAUGUGAUUCAGGUGUUCCAAUCCCCUCCAUAUCAUGUGAUUCAGGUGCUCCAAUCCCCUCAACAUCAUGUGAUUCAGGUGUCCCAAUCCCCUCCCAGUCAUGUGAUUCAGGUGUUCCAAUCCCCUCCAUAUCAUGUGAUUCAGGUGUUCCAAUCCCCUCCAUAUCAUGUGAUUCGGGUGUCCCGAUCCCCUCCAUAUCAUGUGAUCCCGGUGUUCCAAUCCCCUCCAUGGACUCAGGUG